GGGUUGUGGUUUACAGACCAAAACUUUGGGCCUGACCAGCACAAUUCUAUUGAAUGUGUUAGCACUCGAACUUUGGAGCUUCAUUUUGAUCCCGCAAGAGGCCUUCACCAUCACCUUCCCAUUCUAUUUGAGUAUUUUUAUUUGUCUGCCAUCAAUAUUACCAUACAUGCUUCACUCCUUGCCCUUUGUCAGCCAUACCUAAGGAAAGGGGCUUUUAUGGCCUCCCAGACACCUGGUCUACAGCGACCACCCAGAGCUCAGUGGUUAGGAAGUCCCCGUCCAGCAACCAAAAAACUAGUCAAUCCUUCUAGUUUGGAAACUGUGCUCUUUGGUCCUACGUCUUCCCGAGCUCUCCCUUCUGCUGCGAGGCUUCAGCGUGGAAAGCUAGUCCACUGGGAACUCUGCCGAUUGCUUUUGUCUACUUACAGUAGUCUGCGGAGAAAACUGAUUGAAUAUUUGAAGUUGUUACCUCCGUGGCAUCAACUACAAGUGGAAGCAAUCGACUCUGCUGUCCACUUGGAAAACCUAAGUGACUUCUCCAAGGAAUGCUACAAGUUUGUAAAAAACAAAACCAGUCAUAUUAUGGUCUCAUCACAUGACCAGCUACCAGCCUUUAAAAUGAGUGCAGAAACAGAGGAGGAUUUCUUGGUGUUAGCGAACAGUGACAUAGCCCAGCUGUGUGGAGCUCUUAUUGUCUUGUGGCAACAGUUCUUGGAAGUUGUAGUACACCAGGAGAGAAUUCAACAGCAUCUUGCUCUGGAACACCAUCAGCAACGAGUCAGGCAUUUUUCUGAGGCUUUUUUUAUCAUUGAGAAACCACGGAAUUCAGCUCUGAUGUGUGAUGAUUCUAGUUACCAGAAUUACAUGGAUGUUACAGAAGCACUACGACGGUCGCAGUAUCUAAAUCUUCUCCCUCCUGUGGAGGUGGAGUGUGUGGACUUGGACGGUGAUCUUGGUUCUCUGCCAAUUAUCUAUGAAGAACAUUACCAGGAACUAGCCAGAAGAUUUUCUCAUAACAGUCAUUGUUCUCAAUCUAUGCUCAGUAUGUCAACUUUGAAUUUCCUUGUAGAUGAUAAGGAGAAAAGUUCUAACCCUAGCCUGUUACCAGACCAAAUGGAUUCUUCAAAAGGUGUUGAUAAACAGCAGGAUUUUCAAAAUGUAUUUAGCCUUCCUUCAAGCCCUUCUGUUCUUUCUUGGAGCUCUGAGCCUAUCCCGUCCCCAGUCACUAAAGCCCAGAUAUGUUUUCCCACAAGAAAGACAUCAUGUGGGGAAAAACUUUUGACCAACUUGAAGCUGGACUUAGACUUGAACCAUGAAGAAUACACCAUUUGCGGAUCUUCUAAGAAAGGACCUAAAAUGAAUUUUCGCUCAAAAGUGAAAUUGAAAACCAGGACUACGAACCUUCUGAAACAGCUCAAGAGACCUCAUUUUAGUAGUAGUAGUAACUCUGUGGUUCUUUUAGGUUUCAAAAAGUUAGACUUUGGUAAAGGCUUUAGUGCCAACAAUGUCCGGCCCCAAAGAGCAUCAUUUCCAUUAGAUGGUGGGAUUCGUCACUCUCAGAGCACCCUGUCAGUUUCCAGUGAAAGUGAAGUAAGGUUUCCUAUUACAACCAGUGAGUCAAUGCCAGACCUGACUGUGAUAAUUCCUCCUCCCCCUCCUCCACCUAAAGCCAGGUACUGUGCUUCGGACACUAAUGCUAAGGCUACAGAUUUUCUGGGCCAAUCUUCAUCAAUUCCCCAAAGUGCCAUUUACAAACCUCCUUCAAGACAAAGGUUGGAGACAGUGUCAUCAAACUCUCUCUUUCCCCCUGUAGACAAAUCCUUCCACCUGGAGAAAAAUUCUUCUCGGCAUUCUUCGUCUCCCAAUAAGUAUAGUUUGGCAAUUUCUCACAAACUCAGUUCAACAGCAUCAGCAGAUAACUUAAAAACAUACACUUCAAAUCUUAGAAGCAGAGAACCCCAAAACAGUAGUGCAAAACAGAGUGGGCAAAUUACGAAGCAUGUAAAGAAAACACUUGGCAGAUUGUCAGGGACCAAGAAAGCUACCUCCACAGCUGAAGGAAAGGAAGAAACGAGAAGCAUCAGUCAUUCUCAUGUAAAAAUGUUUAUUAGUCUUGACACUUUAGAACGAGAGUCAAACACUUUAGAAACAUCAAACCAAGGAGAUCCUCCCUCUCCUCCAGUAGAAUUCAAGGAUCCUCCCGGGUUCUUAGAUAAGAGUAAAAGUGAGAACGAUCUUCUUGAUGAUAAAGAAGAGAAGUUAUUGAAACCUGCUUCUUCUACAGACACCCUUGGGACCAGUGAUGUUACGAGAAACAAAAUCUUCUCUGCACCAAGAAGUGAAAGUUUUCUGCUGAAUCUAGAUACUCAAGGAACAGUUUUUUUCCCAAAGCCUCCAGCUCUAUUUUCUGAAGGCCAUUGCUCUCAGAAACAAAACAAAUCUCAAAGCCAAAAGGAAACUGUUUCAAGUAGUGUUGUGAAAAAUUUAAAGAUUCCAGUACCUUCUCCAGUGAAUAACUCAACUACAGCUAGUGUUAGAAACACUAGCAAUAGGCAAGCACCACCACUGCCUCAGAAAUCCGUUGCUUUAUCUUCCCGAGAUGACAACACGCCACCAACACUACCGCCAAAACCAGCAAAGCUCUCAAGUGGCCCUCCAACAGAUAUGCAAGAUUCUGCACCCAAAUGUAAAGAUCAGUUUGGAAAGAAUGGAUGCCAGCAAAAAGUAGGAAAGCCAGAAAGUGGAAAAACAAAAUUGUCAUCUACUCAUUCAGGAAGACAGAGGCAAAGUUCUACUGGACUUUCCUACUUAGAAACAAAAUGUACAAUAUUAGAAAUGCUCACUGACUUCUCUGAGACUCAUCAGUGCAAUGGAGUCAUGAGGAAAUCGGGUAUAAUCUCUUCCAAGUCCCAGACAGGUGAAGUUAACAAAGGUGAAAGUAAGACAGCCUCCACCAAUGCAGAGGAGGAUCCUCCGAGCUUCCGUCGAGCAUCUGUUGUUGGGAUGGAGAUGAUAAGGUAUGUGCAGGAUUUGCUAAGGUCAAGUAACCUUGCAAUUUAUCCAUGUGUUUUGUGUAGUAGGAAUCUGAUAGAAAGUAGAAAACUUAGAAUUUGA